AAAUUUCCAAGCAUCAUGGUUUACAGAGAUGAUUAUAUCCUCAGAAACUCAAUAAUAGUGCACAGUGUGAUACUGUAUGCAUGGAUUAGUCACAAAACGGCUAGCAACGAUGGUGAUGAGCAGAAUGAAGACUACCAGGCUGCAGUUGCCAAGAAUUACACAAUUUUAGAAGCAGUUCCACCUUUUGAACGGCCAUAUAAGGACCACAAAGUUUGUCUUCAGUGGGGUGCUGACUAUUUGUGGAUGCUCCAGGCCAAUAGAAUACCUCAGUGCCCUCAUGAAAGUGAUGGUGUCCAGGUUCUCGACUUUAUAUAUGCUUCCAGUGGGGAAAAAACAGGAAUUGUGAAGAAAUUUGAACAGUUUGAAAACAGAGAACUUGAGACAGUCAGACAACAUCAGAUUGAUUAUCCCAUGUUCACCGUUUCAAUCUGGCUAUAUCUGCUCCAUCACUGUGAAAAGGAUCUGUGUGGUGUACUCUAUUUUAUUGAUUCAAAAGAAAUGUAUGGAACUCCUGCUGUAUUUCUAAAUGAAGAAGGUUAUGUGCAUAUUCAGAUGCAUCUGAUGAGAGGGGAUGAUCUUGCAGUGAAAACUAGCUUCAGCCUUCCUCUGAAGCAGUGGUUUCGACUGGAUCUCUCCUUUAAGGGUGGACAGAUUGAAGUAAGCAGUGUUGGGAAGAAUUUGAAAAGACAUCAUCAUCAAUCUUUUACUUUUAGGGAAGAUUUCUAUUAUGAUGACACUGCUGGAUACUUUGUUCUUGGAGGCAGUGGGUACGUAAAUGGUAUUGAAGCAUUCUUUGGACCUGUGAAAUACUAUCGCCUCAAUGUGUUGGAAACAGAACAGAUUUCUAAUCCUCUUCAUGACAAAGACACAGUGGAACAACUUGAACUUUACUACGAGAGAUGCAUGGACAUUCAAGAAAUAGUUUAUGAUUACAGAUCAAUUGUAAGGCAAGGCGAAAAAACCCACAGAAGUUGUUACUAUGAAAGCUAUUAUUUGGAGCUGAUUCACAAAUAUGGAGAAAAAUCCAAAUGUGAUGCUUUCAUGUGGGGAAAAGAGCUCAGGGAAAAGUACCACACAUUGUUCAAACUGUUACAAGAGAUGGAUUUCAGUAGAUCAGAUGAAGAUGGAAGCGAUACAGUUGUAGAAGUUGGCCGGAGGAUAUUUGAGAAGGUUGUGAAAGGCCUGUCCAGUGCCAAUGGCCUCAGCAAUUUGGGCUCCUCUGUUCCUCUCCUAGUGGAUUCCAGUUGUUGUGGAUACCAUAAGGCUUCCUAUUUCCUUGCCGUUAUAUUUGAAACAGGGCUUGGUCUGUCUGUGGAUCGUAUAAAGGGACUGCUGUAUAGUUUGGUUGGCGCUCAGGGGAAGGAGAGACUUUCUGUGAUGAAUCUUGGCUAUAAACAUUACCAAGGCAUUAAUAACUAUCCACUUGAUUUGGAGCUGUCAUAUGCUUAUUACAGCAAUAUUGCAAUAAAGACAUCCCUGGAUCAACACAAUAUAAAAGGGGAACAGGCAUUUGUUGAAACUAUAAGACUGAUGGAUGAUGAACUGCUAAAAGCUCAAACAAAAGAAAAUGGUGAUGUCUUUAUGUGGUUAAAACAUGAAGCAACAAGAGGAAAUGCAGCUGCACAGCAACGUUUGGCUCAGAUGCUGUUUUGGGGCCAACAAGGAGUGGCAAAAAAUCCUGAAGCUGCAAUAGAAUGGUAUGCAAAGGGUGCUAUAGAAACAGAAGAUCCUGUGUUAAUAUAUGAUUACGCCAUUGUGUUGUUUAAGGGUCAAGGUGUGAAAAAGAAUAUAAAACUUGCAUUGGAAUUGAUGAAGAAAGCAGCAGCCAAGGGCUUGCCCCAGGCAGUGAAUGGAUUAGGAUGGUAUUACCACAAUUUUAAAAGAGACUACAGAAAAGCAGCCAAACAUUGGUUAAUUGCUGAAGAAUUGGGAAAUCCAGAUGCAUCAUACAACCUUGGUGUCCUGUAUUUAGAUGGGAUUUACCCUGGAGUACCUGGUAGAAAUCAAACAGUUGCUGCACGCUAUUUCUAUAAAGCUGCCCAAGGAGGACAUAUAGAAGGGACUUUGCGAUGCUCUCUGUAUUAUAUGACAGGAAAUAUGGAAGAAUUCCCCAGACAUCCAGAAAAAGCUGUAAUCUGGGCAAAACACAUUGCAGAGAAGAAUGGCUACUUAGGUCAUGUAAUCAGAAAAGCUCUCAAUGCUUAUCUAGAACUUUCAUGGCAUGAAGCUCUGCUGCAUUACAUUUUAGCAGCUGAAACUGGGAUUGAAGUGUCACAGUCAAAUUUAGCACACAUCUGUGAAGAAAGACCAGACCUAGCAAGAAAAUACCUAGCAACUGAUUGUGUAUGGAGAUACUACAAUUUCUCUGUUUCUCAAGUCAAUGCUCCAUCAUUUGCUUAUUUGAAGAUGGGUGAUUUCUACUACUAUGGUUACCAGAACCAGUCUAAAGACCUUGAGCUCUCCAUGCGGAUGUACGCCCAGGCUGCCUUGGAGGGUGAUUCACAGGGUUUCUUCAAUUUGGCCCUUGUCAUAGAAGAGGGCAAUUCCAUACCUUCCUACAUUCUGGAUCACUUGGAAAUUGAUCAAGCAUUGCAUUCUAGUAAUACAUCACUUCUUCAGGAACUAUAUUACAGGUGCUGGAAUAAUAGUAACCAAGAAUCAAUUAGUCCAUGUUCAUUAGCAUUGCUUUAUUUUUACAUGAGAGUUCUCUGGAACAAUGUUUUACACUCUACUCUGAUCUACUUCAUGGGAACCUUUCUUUUAUCGAUUCUUGUUGCAUUUGCAGUGCAGUCUUUAUCUGCUCAUAAUUAUCCUGGAAGAAGAUCUGGACCAUUGUCGCAUGACGUCCCUUCUUCCUUAGGGAAUGACAACGAGGAUGCAACCAGACCAGUACAGCAAGAUGAACCUAUUCUUUCAAGUGAUUUAUCACAGCAGGAGUCAAACCCUCAGAAUCCUCUUGUUACCAGCUGA